CUCGAACUGUACAACAUCCUACCUGUUGAUAUCCACCAACGACUCAUAUUCGCCAUCUCCGCAAUGCACGCGUACGGCCAUCAAUGGGCCUGUCAGAUCGUCUACAACCCCCGUUUACGCGAAGGCCUCGGGCUCACCGAUGGUGAGGGCGUCGAGAGGCUCUGGUCGAGGCUCCGUAAGCUCAUUCCCAUCACACGCUCGUCUGCGCGAUCACGGCGUAUCUGGCUGAUCGACCGUCAGGCCAAGGUUAUCAGCCUUGAUCUGCGUGACGAUCUGGGCCACUGGAUUGCCCAACGCCUACGCCAUGGAGUGGAAUCAAGGGAGGCGUUGUCUCUUGAAGAGCUGGCGCGAGUAGGUAUUCCCAAGGAGGAGCUACGAGACGAAUGGAAGCAGCAAUGCGUAGCGCAGACAUCUAUCAGAGCGCAUGCUCCAUGUCACGAGUUGUACGCGCACCUCCCCUUCCUCCCCCCAUCCAUCGUGGCUGCCUGCCAAGGCCAAAUCCACGCAUUCGACUCCCAGGACCUCAUCGACGUCUACAUCCCAGACGGCCCUGAGACUAUCCUCUAUCGUUGCGAGCAGCAGCCGUGCCCCAACCGGACACCCCGAUCGAUCGAGGAGGAUUACCCUCGCUACAAAGCGAUCCGACGAGCGCAACACCCGCUCGGACCCCGAAGCACCCUCGCAUCCCGAUCUGCCUCGCGGCACUCUCGCCCUGUCUCCCCUACCUCCCGCCUUCCCCAAACUGUCGCCGAGUCCAGUCAAACGCGAGGAGAUCUCCCUCCAGACCCUGCACCAGAGCCUGAGCCUGAGGAGGGUGCAGGUGAAGAAGGAAUCUCGGAGUCCGAGUCCGAGGCUUCUACUGGGUCCACCUCGCCGCCAGCGCUCGCCCCCGCGUCAGCAGUCCCUGACGUACGUGACCCCCCCGCCGAACUUCCUUCGGCGCCUUCACCGCCGACUCCGCCGAGAGGCCGCUCGAGCACUCGCUCCUCUCGAAGUUCGACCAGCGGAGGGCCACCACAGCCGCCUCUGCCCCCGCAGCGUCCUCCGUCCCCCCCGACGCCGAUAAUGUCCUCUCCUGCAGCCGCCCCCGAUAAGGAGACUUUGAAACUCCUCCUCCCGCUCCGCUACGAUGGCAAGACCGUCAUCGAAUGCAACCGGUUCUUGUCGCAGCUGCGCAUCUACUGGCUGGUCAACACGUCGUUGACCACCAUCGAACUCAAGGUGCAGGUCGCCCUUAGCCUGCUCGAUGGAGAUGCCCGCGCCUGGGCCACUCCCUACUUUGCCCAGCUCGCAUCGGUGCAGGUGGGUGUGCAAGGGGCCACGACCCCGUUCGCAAACGAAGCGGCCUUUGCCACCGCCUUCAGGGCCCGCUUCGGAAAUCUCGACGAUGAGGCGGCAGCACAAGUAGAGCUGGCAAAGCUCUGCGCGGACAAGUCGUUCUCCGCGCUGUUCAAGGGUCCGGCGGACCGCUCUGGGUAUGGGGACCUGGAGCUACGCGACAAGUACCUGAGCGGCAUCCCCUCCCGCGUCUACCGCAAGAUCGAGCUCGAGACCUUCGCCACGUGGCAAGCAGCUGAGAAGCGCGCCACCGAGGUCGAGCAGAUCCUCGAUAUCAGCCGGGCCCGUAGGCCCGAGCUAAACAACUUCUUCUCGGCCCGAGGUCGAGGACGCGGUGGGGCACGUGGUGGUGCACCCUCGACGCAUACAGCUUCGGCCAGCAUCAAUGCGGCCGUCGGAAAAGGAAACUUCCCCGGCACAUGCUUCGGCUGUGGGAAGCAAGGGUACCGACGUUUCGAGUGCCCCAAUUGUAAGGACAAGCCUUACACAAAACGCGCCGAUGCGCGGGCUACGGUUGCCUCGGGCUCCACCCAGGCUGCGACAAGUGCCCCCAUCACGACGACACCCUCGGCAAGUAUAAGUGCCGCUUCAGCGAAAUCCGAGCAAUCGGAGCUGGCGGACUUAAUGGCACAGGUGAAGUCGAUGCGCGAGGAGCUCGAACACUAUCGGGCGAUGAAGGAGGAGGGUUUUUGA